AUGGCUUUGAGAGUAGGCGUAGAAGUACCAACCUACCCAAAAAGAGGGAGCAAGGGGGUCUUCACGGCUCAGCCUAGUAGCAGCUCGGCACCUCAAGCACCUUCUUGCUCGGUCAUCAGCUUCCGCAGCUACCGCUUGUCCAGUUGCGGUAUCAUGGCUGCCACAAUCAAGCCCUUCUCCAAGGAACAGUUCAUCUCCAAGGGGCUGAACUCCUGGUUGGCCCCCUCGACGCUCACCAAGGUCCGGCGUGACACCAAGCGCACCUUGGAGGUCCUACGCCGCGGUGGUCAGAAGGCCGUCAUCACGGACUUCCCGCGCUUUGCUCGGACCGAGCUCGGCGUCACUACCUGCUCCGGGCUCAUGCUGCGCACCAGUGACGUCACACUCCGCGACGAUGGUGACUUUGCGCCCAUUUUUCUUCUGCCCAACUACUUCGUUUGUGAGAUCCCCGGUGGGGAGAGGGUUCUGGUCGAGUUCUACCGUCGUCAGUCACAGCUCGAGGAGGAGGCAGGCACUGGGGCCUCAGUGGAGCUCACCGCCCCCUCCAUUCACAGGACCAUCACCAUCCGUAGCGCGCCAGGUCCUGUUGCCGCUGCCCCACAGGCCCCCGGUCCCCGUUACCUUGACUUGUCUCCGCUGUCCAGUGCCGCGCUUUCCCUGUGCACCAUCAUUGUAGGCGACAGUACUCGUACGGCGGACCAGUUCUUACAGCAGCUGCGCAGCGCUAGCAUCACGACGGCUGAGCUCCCUAGCGCCCCGGUCCGCAUCGAUAGCCAGGCAGGCUAUCCCCUGUUUGCCUUCUUUCCUGGGACAGUUGAGUGCGCAGGCCGGGUGUUCUAUGCUGUUUCUGACAUUGCCGGCUCCGCCCCAUCUUUCCUCAGCUUUUUCCCCGGCCCUGAGGGGAAGCCUUUUUACGAGCUUCAGCAGGCUGUCCUGGUUCCCGUCAGUUUCCUCGAGCACUUCCCGUUUGGCCAGGCUGCUCCGUCCAUCCAGCGCUUGGUCCGCACCCACGAUGCAUUCUCCAGCGCUCACGUGGGUCUGGGACGAGAGGCAGCACAGCCAGAUCCGGUGCUCGGGCCCCGGAAGGUGGUACGAGUCUACUUCCCCAGCACGGCGCAGUUCCGCAUCUGGGCACGAGACUUCCCGUCUGGUGUUCCUGUUACGGUACGCCUGGAGACUGGAGAGCAGGUCUCUGCACAGCUCACGCUGCGCCUCCCGCCGGGCGGGUUCACGCUCCAGGCCCCGGCCGAGUGCGUGUUCUCUGCUCCUCAGAGCCAACUUCUUCUCCGCCUCGCUGACUCCAUGGACGACGUCAUCCUCAGCUCGCUCGCUCGGGCUCGGACCGACCUGCACGUAAACCCCGCCGACCACAAGGCGGAAGACGCCGUUUUCACCGACACCGACCAGGCCGGCAACGCGAUCGUCGGCUUCAGCACCGAUCCCGGCGUGUCGAUUUUCCUGGCGCGGGUGCAUUUUCGAGUGUUCCCCGAGGGUGUCGACGUGCCUGCCUCUUCGUUCGUUGUCACACCGCGCCUGCGCGCGGCACUGAACUCUAUGCCGCGCUCCGCCCCGGGCCAGUUCGCCUUCGAUGCGAACACCUUCACCGCUGCGACUUUUCCGGCCGUGGACGCAGUCGUCGCUCAAUAAGGCUCUGACCGGUGCCGCCACUGGCCAGCCUGCGGCGGAUCCCCCUGCUCCGCGCAUUGUAGACAUCUCCGAUGUCGAUGAUGCAGAUGCGGCUGCAGCAGAUGCCGCACCUGCCGCCAUGGAGCAGUAGACCAGGACACCACCUGCUCAGCACUCUUGUAGGCUUCAGUUUGGUCCUCGACCGCAGUGCAUCGCCCGCAUCGCGUGACCCGUCCAGUGGCACUUCCCGACGACCUAGGCCGUCCUUUUGAUUCUAGUAUAGCGCCUCACUUAGUUUUGAUACUUUCAGCGGCAGGCUCGCCACUCCCUUUCGUAGAUCCGCUACCAUCGUUUGAUGUAGUAGACGUUGCCACCAAUACGCUCACUAUGCACUUUUUUUGCUUCUAGCAUCGCUUUAGGCCUUGCUGUGCUUCACUGACUUCCCUCCUUUCUCUCCAUCAUCUGUACCGCCUAUCAAUUAUGGCGCCGUAUUCCGAGU